AUGGUCUCUUAUUCCCUCUUUAUCGGGCUUGGUGCCUUUUCUGCCCAAGCUCUUGCCGCUUCAAACUCUGCUGGUUUUGUUAACACCAGAACUAUUACUGAAACCGCUGUGGUAACUGUCACUCACACUUUUACAGAACCUUGUGAAUGUGCAACUGAAGGGGAUGGGGUUUUCUCGUCGGAUCAUUCUGGAUCAGUCUCUUUGACCGAGGUGAGUCAAGGAUCAACGGCUGAGAGCACCUCCCAGUUUACCCUGACUAUUGAGAGUGAAGUUUCUAGCGUCAGUUCUGAAACUACUGAGUCCACGCAAGCUUCUGAGUCUUUGAGUAGUGUUGAGACUGACACUUCUGGGUACUCACUGACUUCCCAUCAAGAGUCAAUUGACUUCAAUACAAGUGCAAGGGACACCACCUCUGAAUACUUGCUGACUUCGGAAACUGAGGUUUCUACCACUCAGCCUGGUACCUCCAGCUACACCCAAACUCUGGAUCACCAGGAGACGACUGAUACUCAAUCAACAAGCUUUGAGACAAACACCACCCCAUCUGACACAGAGGCUUCUGGCAGUCAGUCUGAAACAAAAACUACUGAGAGUCAGUCUGAAACAACGACAACUGCAAGCCAAAUUGUUGAAACGGCUUCUGAAGAGCAGACUACGGAGACUCUUACUUCUGAAUCACCAGAAUCUUCUGGUCCAUCAAAAUCGGUAACAGAGGUCUCAGUUUCUUCAAACAGCGAUUCGGAGUCCGGUCUGACUUCUGAAACUCCUACUUCCAAAACAAGUGCCAGUGUUUCAAGCCAUGUUUCUGAAAGCCCCUCUAGAGCCUCACUGAGCGGAACUCAAUCAACAGCUUCUCCCGAUUCAACAAGCGACUCGCCCACUUCUGAAUCCCGUAACAGAAGUGAAACAUCGACUGUCGAAUCCACAACCCUGCAAGAAAUUGUGACUGGCGUUGUAGCAUGGGUGUCUGAGCCAACCACUCAACAUGUUUCAGAUUCAGGACAUGUUCCUACUUCGGAUUCAGGAAAUGUUCCUACUCCAGGUAUCUCGGUAGCUCAAGGUUCCGCUGCUUCCCACUCAAUUUGCCUAUUUGCAAUUGCGUUGCCUUUGAUUCUGUUCCUUCUUUAA